AGUAGUUUAACAACAGUGUUGCCAUCUAUUGAAUUUAAAAUGUUAUUUUGGUUAUGUUCGUUUAUAACGUUACUUGUUAACGAAGCAUUUCUAUCGUUCAAAGAUAAAAAUUGUAAAAAAUACUUUGGGCCGCUUUGGCAAUUGAAGAAAAGUAAUAUAUUCGGACGUAACUAAUAAUUUUGUAUAAAUCGCGUAGAUAAGAUUUAAAAAAUUUCAAAUAUCACGCGGGCGUAUAGUCGAAAGGAAAAUUGGGAGUUUUCAAGCCUGUAAUAAAUUUUACUUCUGAGGCAGUGAACCCGUAAAAGUUACAAGUGUUGAGACUGUUAUGAUAAGUGGGAAGAAUUAAAAGAAAAAAAAAAGAUCUGUCGCGUUAAAUGCACUCACAUCUUUUGGUUUUCUUGACGUAUACUCGAAGCUUGUGGUCUUAAUCUUUAAUGGCGAUAGUAUAAUACUAGGAAAUAGAGAGCAGAGAGUAAGAUGCAGACAAUAAAGUGUGUUGUGGUCGGAGAUGGAGCUGUGGGAAAGACUUGUCUUUUGAUUUCAUAUACGACAAAUAAAUUUCCUUCAGAAUAUGUGCCUACUGUUUUCGACAAUUAUGCUGUAACGGUAAUGAUAGGCGGUGAUCCAUAUACGUUAGGAUUAUUUGAUACCGCUGGCCAAGAGGAUUACGAUAGACUUAGACCUUUAAGUUAUCCGCAAACAGACGUAUUUCUGGUCUGUUUCUCAGUUGUUUCACCAUCGUCAUUUGAAAAUGUUAAAGAAAAGUGGGUUCCAGAAAUAACUCAUCAUUGUCAAAGGACUCCGUUUCUCCUAGUUGGUACUCAGAUUGAUUUACGAGAUGAUGUUGCUACUAUAGAGAAGCUUGCAAAAAAUAAGCAGAAACCUAUUUCAGCGGAACAAGGAGAGAAACUUGCGAAAGAGCUCAAAGCUGUGAAAUACGUAGAAUGUAGCGCUCUGACACAGGUUUAAAAAAUGUAUUCGACGAAGCUAUAUUGGCAGCAUUGGAGCCUCCAGAACCGGUGAAGAAAAGAAGGUGUAUGCUUUUGUAAAGCAUUUUACUGAUUUUGCAAUACAGUGUCCCUGACUAUGAAGUAACAACAUUAAAAUGUAUCAGGUGAUUAUCUCCUCUGUAGUAGAUUAACGAUAGGAGGAAAUCUAACGUCUCUACGACGUAAAAAGGAGUAUUCAUUGGAGGGGCGUAUUAGAAGCCGCUUAUAUGAGCGCGACAACUGCGGUUUGCCUAUGCGUUUCCUACAUUUGACUAUUUUCAUCUGUGUAUACAUUCCAUAAAAUAAUCUUUUGUCUUGGCCUUAUUUUUUUUUUCUUUUUGUUUCUUUUUUUUUUUCUCUCUUUUUUUCUCCUUCAAAUAAAAUUAACAAUUAGUCGACAAGAUCGGAUAAUCCUUGUUGAGAUGCAUAGCACAAAGAACAUAUUUUCUUUUCUUUUUUGCUUUUUAUUUCGAAAAAAAAAAAAAAAAAAAAAAAAAAAAAAAAAAAAAAAAAAAAAAAAAAAAAAAAGAAAAAAAAAAUAUACCUGCACCUUUAACAUCCUCGACUUUUGAGAAAAAGUUUGAUAAAAAUCAUUAACUAAUAUAGAUAUGCCAAUCCUUGUUUUAUCUUACGAUUGGUCCUAUCAAGUUGAUGUAUUGAUAAAAAGUGCAAGGUAUUACACAGAGUCAGAAUUUAAAAAACUUAUUAUAAAAUCCAUCAUGUUAUUAUUCGUUUGACAAUAUUUUCAAACUCAAUGGUUUAUUUUUUAAAGAUGAACGCCGGUAUUUAAAGUUUUAUAAAGAGUCUGUAAGAUAUCUGUUGGCAUAGUAUGAGGGAAUCGUAGCGAAUCAUAGCAUCGACGAUCUCUUCGGACGAACGUCAAAAAGUUCAAAGAACGAGUCGAUUCGGCCUUGCGCACAUGGGCAUCGGAAGAAGAAAGGAAACGCUAAGAGACGCUCCGAUUCUCUUGCAUAUAAGUACGUUAUUAAAAUAUAUAUCUGCCGUAUCUGACGUAUUAAAGAAACAAUAUGCAAGCAAACGUUAACAUCAGAAAAUUGUUCUAGACGAUUCGCGUAUGGCAGCUAAGUUUGGCAGCCAAACUUCUCCAACUCUUGGACAAUUUAAAUUACAUUUGAGCGAUGCGAACCUAUUUUUUAAUAUAUUGCAAAUUAUCGUUAUGUGUUAUCAUAUAAAUAAGCGACGACAGAAAAUUUACAGUACUCUUAUCUUAUAAGAUUAAUGAUAUUUUAUCAAUCAGAUGUAUGAACUGUGCACAUGUCUAAGAUAUUAGCGAACUGUGUAUAGUUUUUACUAUAAACCAUUCAUCUUUUUCCAUCGUUUUUCGAUUUUAUGUACUGCGUAUUUUAUAUCGUCGUAAUUAAAAAGACGGAGAUACAUACGAUCGGUUAUCGUUGAAGGACAUGGUACGUUAUUACUCCUAUUCGAACGACUAUCAGCUAUCUUAUUAAAAUCGUGCGGUAAGUCACGAUAGACACACGUUAAGUUACUAAUUCUUAAAACAAGUAUUUCGUGAGAAAUCUUUUAAUGACUUUUACACUAUGAAUCCAGUUGGAGAUAAUUGCAUUUAUUAGCACUGUACUGUGUCGGAAUAUGUAGACACAUUCGUAUUAAAAGAAAAAAGAAAAGGAAAAAAAAACUAUUCGCAUAAAUAUAUUUAUACCAUGUAA